UCUAUGAAAUUUGACAAUUGCCAAAUCAGCCAGGCAGGUAGUCUGCUAGUUGGAUUUCUUUCUCAAUAGUAAUUAAAUUUUCUGAAUGAAUAAUAAGUGGGGCAGUGUUAUUUCUUUUAAUUAGUUAGUACAAAGUCACCGCAUGCGUACCUAAUCGGCGAUAUGUCGACGUACGAGGAGUUUAUUCAGAAUAAUGAAGACAGAGAUGGUAUACGCUUUACCUGGAACGUUUGGCCGUCCAGCAGGAUUGAAGCUACGCGGCUUGUAGUGCCGCUGGCAUGUUUGUAUCAGCCUCUGAAAGAGCGGCCAGACUUACCACCUAUACAAUAUGAGCCAGUAUUUUGUACACGUAAUACAUGUAGGGCCAUACUAAAUCCCAUGUGUCAAGUUGAUUACCGUGCUAAAUUAUGGGUCUGCAACUUCUGCUUCCAAAGAAAUCCUUUUCCUCCACAAUAUGCUGCUAUAUCUGAGCAACAUCAACCUGCAGAACUCAUUCCCAACUUCUCCACCAUAGAGUAUACAAUAGCUCGGGCACAGACAAUGCCUCCUAUUUUCUUACUGGUCGUAGACACAUGCCUUGAUGAAGAGGAACUCAGUGCUUUGAAGGACUCUUUGCAGACAUCUCUCAGUUUAAUGCCUCAAAAUGCCCUAGUAGGGCUUAUUACUUUUGGUCGUAUGGUACAAAUUCAUGAGUUAGGUACUGAAGGUAUAUCAAAAUGCUAUGUCUUCAAAGGCACCAAAGAUUUGCCAGGCAAGCAGAUUCAGGAGCAACUUGGUAUUGGGCGGGUCAACAUGCCAAACCCACAGCAGAGGCCUGGGGCCCCUGUGCCCCAACCUCCUGUCCACCGUUUCCUACAACCAGUCAAGCAAUGUGACAUGGCACUCACGGAUUUACUCGGAGAGCUCGGAAGAGACCCUUGGCCACUGGGUGUAGGCAAACGCCCUUUGAGAAGCAGCGGGGUGGCGUUGUCUUUAGCUGUUGGUCUGUUAGAGGUUACAUACCCUAACACUGGCGCUAGAAUUAUGAUGUUCCUCGGAGGCCCUUGCUCUCAAGGUCCAGGCCAAGUAGUUAAUGAUGAGCUGAAGCAGCCAAUUCGUUCUCACCAUGAUAUUCACAAAGAUAAUGCUAAAUACAUGAAGAAAGCUAUCAAGCAUUAUGAGGCUUUAUCACUGAGGGCGGCGACAAAUGGACACUCAAUAGAUAUUUACUCCUGUGCUUUGGAUCAAACUGGUUUAAUGGAGAUGAAACAGUGUUGUAAUUCUACAGGAGGUCACAUGGUGAUGGGAGAUUCUUUCAAUUCAUCCCUUUUCAAACAGACAUUCCAAAGGGUUUUCGCCAAGGACCAGAAGGGAGACUACAAGAUGGCAUUCAAUGGAACCCUUGAAGUCAAGUGUAGCCGUGAAUUAAAGAUAACCGGUGCAAUAGGUUCCUGCGUGUCCCUGAACGUGAAGGGUCCCUGUGUGUCGGACCAGGAAGUAGGCAUGGGCAACACUAGCGAGUGGAAGAUGUGCACCUUCACACCGAGCACUACUAUGGCAAUAUUCUUCGAGGUGGUGAACCAGCAUGCCGCAGUGCCACAAGGCGGUCGCGGCUGUGUGCAGCUCAUUACACAGUACCAGCACUCCAGUGGCCAGCGCCGUGUCAGAGUCACCACUGUCGCUCGCAAUUGGGGCGACGCCGCAGUGAAUCUCCACCACAUAGCGGCGGGCUUCGACCAGGAAGCCUCAGCAGUAGUGAUGGCUCGGCUGGUGGUGUACCGCGCCGAGCUGGAGGACGGGCCCGACGUGCUGCGCUGGCUGGACCGCAUGCUCAUCAGACUGUGCCAGAAAUUCGGCGAAUACGGCAAGGACGACCCCAACAGCUUCCGCCUGGCUGAGAACUUCAGCCUGUACCCGCAGUUCAUGUACCAUCUCCGUCGCUCUCAGUUCCUUCAAGUUUUUAACAACUCCCCCGACGAGACCACUUUCUACAGACACAUGCUGAUGCGCGAAGACCUAACACAAUCCCUGAUCAUGAUCCAGCCGAUCCUAUACUCUUACUCCUUCGAAGGUCCACCAGAGCCUGUCUUGCUGGACACAUCGUCAAUACAGCCGGAUAGAAUACUGCUUAUGGACACAUUCUUCCAGAUACUGAUAUACCACGGCGAGACGAUAGCCCAAUGGCGCGCCCUCCGCUACCAAGACAUGCCCGAGUACGAGAGCUUCGCGCAGCUGCUCAGGGCUCCCGUGGACGACGCGCAGGAGAUCCUGCAGACCAGGUUCCCGGUGCCUCGCUACAUCGACACCGAGCAUGGAGGCUCGCAGGCUCGUUUUCUUCUUUCGAAGGUGAAUCCAUCGCAGACGCACAACAAUAUGUACGCGUAUGGAGGGGCGAUGCCGAUACCAUCAGCGGACGGUGGCGCCCCCGUGCUGACAGACGACGUUUCGCUACAAGUUUUCAUGGAACAUCUAAAGAAGCUGGCCGUAUCGUCCACCGCUUAACAUUAUACCCUAUUUUUGCGUCACGCAAAAUACACUUUAUCAUACAUUUCGUUAUCUGUCUGUAUGGACUAGUUCCUGGCAUUUAUUACUGCUUUAGAAAUAGAUUAUCGAACGUUAAUCGCAAAAAAAUGUGUCAAUUGCUCCACUAAACCACAGAAGCUUAAUAGAAGCGUUAAAUGCUGACAGAAUCUAUAAAGAUUAGGACAACCAAUGUUUGUCUACAAAAACAGACAGUCGAGUGGACAGUUAAAUUAAGAAUUAUUAUAGGUACAUCGUUUUAAUGAUUACGUCUGUCCUUAGAACUAGAUGGAAUUACUUAUAAAUAUGGAACCAUUAUGAUGUACCAAUUGCAGACAAAUACGAAAGAUUGAUAACAAACACUUUUUACGGAAUAACACUGUAAAUUAAUUAUAUUGAAAUGUUUAUAUAAUUAUCCAAUAUUUAUUUAUAAGAAGAACGCAUAUUUUACUUUCUUUUUCAACUUUUUAAUCUAUGUACAGUUCGGAAUUAUUUCAGACUUGUAACAGUUCUUGAAAUUAAAGGUAUUAAAUAAGAACACACUUUAUUGAUUCCUUUGUAAAUCGUAAAUAAAAAUCUGAAUUUAUAUAUAAGAAAAUAUUUUUAUUUGGAAUUAACAACACGCUACCUUAAAUAAAUACAACUUAAGUUACUCUUAACUAUUUGCAAAAUAUUGGUAACAUUUGUUUGUAUACCCUUAAACGCAUAAUCAAAUAUGACACCUAAAUUGUCACCCUAGCUAAAUUAGGGUUUUAUUGUUUACUUCUAAUAAAAAAUAUACAAAAAAUAAAAAUACCCAGCAGUUCUGUAUGUAUGAAAGGUUAAUUCGUACGGAUCUUCCAUCCUCUUGGUGUAUGUGUUGCGGGGUUCCUCACGAACUUUAUUAUGUCAUAUGUGUGUUGCGGUAUACGCAGACCAUACGCGAUGUGCCUAUACGAGGUAAAUGACCUUUGUUGCCCAUAUGACCUUUCAGUAGUAAGGCUUAUUUCAAUUACACUUUCCUGACUUAUUGCAAAUGAUUAAUCGAUUCGUUCAUUCUCAAUUUUAUCGGAUGGUGUGGUUUAAUUUAUCAUCGCCAUAUAUCUUUACUUCUUUAUUUCUUAAAAUGGGGUUUACCGAAAAUGUAGAGGGAAAAUUUUGACAUUAUACAACAUACAUACAUAUAUAUAGUCACGUCUAUAUCCCUUGCGGGGUAGACAGAGCCAACAGUCCCAAAAAGACUGAUAGGCCACGUUCAGCACUUAUUAUAUCAACGUUCGUGUAUAACUCCGCUGGUUGCGUCGUCCCUGGGGCAAGACAGGUCUACAACGCUUACGAAAGAGUCUGGUGACAUUGUAGAAAUUCGAAAAUGGGUAUGCCUCCUCGAAAAUUAAUGGAUGACCAAUAUGACCAUAUUAUAUUUCCACUUGAAUGUAUUCGAAUGCGUAAACCGUUUAUAACACAUGUACUAUAUAAUUUAUCACCAUUACCAUACCUCCAGUACAUUAAUACAAUUUAUCUAUUUUCAGUACAUUUAAGUCACACAAACAAUACCACUAACAAACACAAUGAUAGUUACUGACACACCAACAGUCAACUUUUGAAGAAGUAACUAAACGGAACGGAUUUAUUGAACGAUUGACGAAACCAGUUGGAUCAUAAUGCCACAAUAUCCUUGUGCCUUGUAUCUGUAUAUUUCUAGAAUUACUACCACCUAUA